AUGGGAAGGUGUUUGAACAGUAGAAGCACAGAGAUGGAGGAAUUCAAUGAAUUUAUUGACAUGUUGGACCUGGUUGAUGUUCUUGUGGUGGGUGGCAGAUUUACAUGGUCUAACAAGGAAGGGAAUGCUAAAAGUAGAUUGGAUAGGUUCCUAUUAUCAGACGGUUUAAUUGACGAUUGGAAAAUUGUGGGACAGAGGGUGGGAGAUAUGGAUAUUUUAGACCAUGUUCCAAUUUGGUUGAUUGCAAAUGACAAAAAUUGGGGACCUAAACCCUUUAGGGUUAAUAAUUGUUGGUUUGAGAACAAGGAUUUCAAGAAUUAUGUAGAAGAAGCUUGGAACGAUUUGACUGUUGUAGGGAGACAGGAUUUUGUAAUGAAAGAGAAACUGAAAUUGCUCAAGAGCAAACUAAGAGUAUGGAAUAAAGAGAAGUUCGGCUGGAUUGAUCUUAAAAUUGAAGAGGCUACGACGAAGAUAAAUAGGAGGGAUCAAUUACAAGAUGGCAUUGGACAAAGGGUAGGUGGUGGGAUGGAGGAUGAGAUUAAGAAAGCUAAGGAUGAUCUAUGGAAACAUCUGUCUUUAAAGGAAAAUCUGUUAAGACAAAAAUCUAGGCAAAAAUGGAUUAAGGAGGGCGAUCAAAACACUAAAUAUUUUCAUCAUUCGAUUAAAGAAAGGAGGAGAAGAAACAAUAUUGUUGCUGUUACAACAGAAGAAGGCGGGUUGGUGGAAGAUGUAGAGAGUAUAAGAAAGGAGGUGCUGAAAGUUUUUGCAGGAAGAUUUAAAGAAGGCAAUGCAACAAGACCUUCAUGGGACAAUUUAACUUUCAAUGUUUUGUCAGCAGCAGAUAGAAUUUUCCUGGAGUCUGAAUUCACAAUGGAGGAGAUUACCAAAGCCGAGGAUAUUCUGAAAUUUGUGAAGGAGUUUCAUAGGAUAUCUACCUUAUCAAAAGCAAUCACGGUUUCCUUUAUUGCGCUUAUUCCGAAAAAUGCUAAUCCUCAAGGUCUAAACGAACACCGCCCAAUUUGCCUGAGAGAGUUAUUUGUGAAAUUCGGUUUCAGUAUUAAAUGGUGUAAAUGGAUGGAAGCAUGCAUCUUCAACAGCUCUCUCUCAAUUCUUGUCAAUGGAAGCCCAACUAAAGACUUUUGGGCGGAGAAGGGAUUAAGACAAGGCGAUCCCUUAUCGCCGUUUCUUUUCACUCUUGUGGUUGAAGGUCUCGCUGUUAUGUUCAACAAGGCGGCUGAGUUAGGAAGUUUUGAUGGUUUUCAAGUGAGUAACAAUUUAACUGUGAGGAUUUUGCAAUUUGCCGAUGAUACGGUUAUUGUGGGCAGAGGCUGCUGGAAAAAUCUUUGGACUGUAAAAUCUAUAUUUAGAGGCUUCGAACUAAUAUCGGGGCUGAAAGUGAACUUCAGUAAAAGCAAGGUCUAUGGCGUGAAUUUACAGAAAAGUUUCAUGGAUAGUGUGUCGCAAUUUCUUUCUUGUUGUAGAGAUGUUCUGCCUUUUAAGUUUCUAGGCAUUUUUGUUGGCUCUAAUCCAAGAAGGUGUGAAUCUUGGAGAGGUGUUUUGCGAAGCUUAAAGAAGAAACUAUCUUUGUGGAAGUGUAGGUUUCUGUCAAUUGGUGGAAGAGUAACUUUACUUAAUUCGGUGUUAUCUAGCAUUCCUAUUUACACGAUGUCCUUUUUCAAAGCACCCGUUAAAAUCAUCAAAGAAAUAAUUACAAUCCAAAGCAGGUUCUUAUGGUGUGGUUGA